AUGAGGGUGCAUCGCGGGAUCUGCGCCAAACUGCAGGGCGGUUUUCUCAGACGAUGGUGGGCGGCCGUUGCGAUCGGAGCUUUGCUGAUAAUCCUGGCUGCCGUUUUAGCGGUACUAUUUCCGAAUAUCAUCGAUUUCGUCCUCGAUAAAGAGCUCGCGAUACAAGAGGGAGGUCGUACGUACAAGUUUUGGAAGAAACCGCCGGUGGUACCGCGGAUGCAGAUCUACAUCUAUAAUGUAACAAAUGCUGACGAGUUUUUGAACAAUGGCGAGAAACCAGCGUUACAAGAAUUGGGUCCGUACGUUUAUUUACAGCACUGGGAAAAAGUCGACAUUAAAUUCAACGACAAUGGAACCGUUAGCUAUAAAGUCAAGAAAACAUUUACUUUCGAUGAGGAUCUGUCGGCCGGUUCUCAAGAUGAUCUCGUAGUCGUGCCAAAUGUUCCCAUGCUGUCGGCUACUACCCAAUCGAAACAUGCUGCUCGUUUUCUACGACUUGCAAUGGCAUCCAUCAUGGACAUUCUCAAGAUCAAGCCAUUCGUCGAAGUGUCGGUCGAGCAGCUACUCUGGGGUUAUGAGGACCCUCUGCUGAAACUGGCCAAGGAUGUUGUGCCCAAGGAGCAAAAACUGCCAUACGAUCAGUUCGGUCUGCUCUAUGGCAAGAACUCCACCAUGCCGGAUCUAUACACGAUAUUCACAGGUGCCAACGAUAUCACGAAAUUCGGAAUGAUGGACAGGUGGAAUGGCAAAGAUGGUCUCGGCUUCUGGACCACGCCAGAAUGCGACUCCAUCAUGGGCACCGAUGGCAGUAUCUUUCCGCCUCAUAUUACUAAGAAGACUGUGCUCAAGGUCUUCGAUAAGGAUCUCUGCAGGACGUUGCCGCUCGUUUUUCAGCGUGAAGUGAUAGCUGCCGGAGGAGUCCCCGGCUAUAGAUUUUCUCCUCCGACGAAUGUCUUUACGUCGGAAAAGAAUUUGCCGUCACAGAAAUGUUACUGUCCAGCUGGACCACCAUGUGCACCAGAAGGCACAUUUAAUGUUUCCCAGUGCCAGUACGAUUCGCCAGUUCUUCUUACAUUCCCGCAUUUCUAUCUUGCCGAUCAGACUUUACGAGAGGCUGUGACGGGCAUAUCGCCACCAGACGCCGAAAAACAUCAGCUUUACAUUGAUGUGCAACCGAUAAUGGGCACGGCUAUGAAAGCACGAGCGAGGAUACAGAUAAAUCUCGCGGUUAGCCAAGUGCGAGACAUCAAACAGGUCGCUUCGUUUCCCGACAUCGUUUUUCCCAUUAUGUGGUUCGAGGAUUGUGUCGACGAGCUACCCCAAGAGAUGCGCACCUUGCUGAAAUUGGUGGUGGAUGUGCCGCCGGUGGCCCAUGCUGCGGUUUCCGGCGCCCUUGCUGCGAUCGGCGCGAUUGUUUUGCUAGGAGCCUUUAUGUGUUUAGCGCGCGCCGCCAAACGUCAGGAAAAGCUGCAUCUUAGCAGUCCGUUGCCACCGAAUGCGACCAGCACCAAGACUGGCCAGUUGAAUCUAGCCUUCAGCAAGUAAUCGCGUGUCAAAUAAAUAAAUAUCGUGUGAUUGAAGGGAAUCGACGAGUGCGCGAGUGCCUUGAAUCUUAUCCCGCGAUAAUAAACGCGCGCGAGUUCGCGCGAGGACUUGUAUGAUAAAUUUUGCUUAUCUUAUAAGACGAUGGGCAUGUGUUUUAUCUCUCGGUUAGUUUUGUUAUGGGCAAAUUUCUUGAGUUUUGCGAGACAGAGAGAAAGAGAGAGAGAGAAUGACACGAAUUUUGUCGGCCCCUUCACACGCCAAAUGUGUUAUUUGUGUUACAUUAUGCGCGUGUGCUCUCUUUUUUUCUUUCCCAUUCUUCGGGAAAAUAUUUUGACAGACGGAUGAGUCGUUUAAGUACAAAUAAAUUCGAGAUUUGUGGAGCAAGUGUUUCAGUAUUACAUGUUUUAUCACAUGAAACACAAUUGAGACAAAUUAGUGAUAUUUUUCUGUAAAAGAAUGACUUUCCAAAAAAAUUUAUUAAUGAGAAAUUUUUUUUUUAAAUAAAUGACACUUUUGCUAAAUUAGAAAUUUAGUAAAAUGAACGAAAAAACAAGGUUUUAUUACUCCGUCCUGUUCAUACAUCUCUAAAGCUUAAAUUAUUAAAAUCUUUUUAUUAUAUAUUAUUUUUAAAAAAAUCACAAUUUCGUCAAAGAUUAUCUACAAUGCUUCUCUGUGUAAUAUUUUUCUAUGAAAAUGAAAAACCGGAGUUAUGUCAUUCUUCCGAAGAACUUGGUGAUUGAAAUUUACGAUGACACAAUAUACCGUUUUAUAAUUGAAUUGUUAAUAUUAAUGAGCGGCUUUCUUUGUUCCACAGUCGAAAUCAUUACAAAAUAUUUUACAUCGCUGUUUAUUCGCGCAAGACAAUACAGAUAAUUAUCACUAUAAAUUACUGAGGUAAAAUUCGAAGAUGAAAUUGAUAUUCCGUCCAUGACAAGCAUCCCGAGGCCAAGCUACAAUCAUGACUUUAAUCGGGACUGCACGAGUGUUUUUACAAUACGAGGUUUGUGUAAUCAAGACGUAUCAGAAUGACAGAAAUUUUUUCUGUACAUAGAACUUGGCCGUUAUCGUUUACUAAUUGUAAUUAUCAAGAAUAUACUAUUUCUCGUUAUUUUCGUUUGUACAUGUAUUACUAUUAUUUUAUUAUUAUUAUUAUAAAUAAUAUUAUAUAUUCGACGUAGAUAUAUAUUAUAAUUAGAUAUAAUAAAAAUUACUUUUGUACGAUAGAAAUCAAAAGAUGCCAAAUGAAUUGUGUGCGUACGCGCGAAAAAUUAGGUUAUUGGUGUCUGUGUAAUCAUUAUAUGAUUGUAUUCUUUUGAUAUGUAUUUUACUAACUCCCAAAUCGCGUGCGUAUAUAAAAAAAUAGAGUAUCAAAAGAAAUACACAUUUUCAUUUAAAUUUCUGAAAGAAAGAGAGAUAUGGAGAGGGAAGAGAUUUCUUUUUUAAUUGGGAACUUCAACCUUUUACUAUUUUAUUCAAACAUAUGUUUCUUCUCUCUUUCGUUUUGGGAAUUUAAGUAAAAAUUUCUCAAACUUCUGUUCUUUCUGUAGAAAAGAACGGAAUUAAAAAUUUAUGAGAAUGCAACAGGUGAGGAAAAUAUACGAAUAGAAUUAAUUUUAUGGUGAAAUAUCGACUUAAUGUUUACAAUUUUCAUUUCGUUCCCACCUCAUUUAGACCAUAUGCUGACAUAUUGCGACAUGCAUAUGUUACGUGCAAUAAAUAUUAUUACGUAUGCAUUAUCGCCCACACACACGACGGCCGACAGUAUAUUUUUAUAAGUGUAACACAUGUGCAGAACACAUAUACAGAAAGAGAUAGUUUUUUUUUGCAAAAAUAAAAUGUUUCCGUAUUUUUCA